GUUUUAACUUUUACCAUCACAGUUCACCCUAAGACUGAAGGAUAUUAGCAGAAAAAAUUCAGAAUGUCAUUUUUUAUUCACCAAACUUGGUUUGUGGCAGUUUUCUGGUUUCUUAUAAAAGGAGAUGUAGUUUGGUGCAAUUGCUCCAUGAAUGGGAUGGAGAUUGAAGGUGCUAAUUUCAGUUUGUCAAACGGACUAAAUGAGGGCAGCAUUCUCCAAUACCAGUGUCCCACGGGCUACUACGCAUAUCCUGAACUUGCCUACAGAUGUCAAUUAAACCACCGCUGGACUCCUGAACCACAAUCAAGACUACGAUGCAGAAGGGUUGAAUGUCCAGAUCCAACAGUUCUCCAAAAUGGAUAUACUUUGCCAAUAAAUGAAAACAAGAGGUAUUAUUAUGAAAGCAAAAUUACGUAUCACUGCUACACAGGAUACACAUUACAUGGCCCUUUCCGGCGCAAAUGCUUGGAAAAUGGGAAGUGGAGUGGGUCAAAUCCAGUUUGUCGACAAGACUCUGGAGAUUGUGCUGAUCCUGGAGUCCCACCUGGUGGCAUGAGGUUCGGAAACAGCUUUGAAAUUGGAGAUAAAGUGAAUUUCAAAUGCAGAAGCAACAUGAUUUUGAUUGGCUCAGAGCAAAGAGAGUGUCAGGUGGAUGGCCAGUGGAGCGGAACAGAGACAUCCUGCUACUACAAAUACACAUAUGAUUCACCGUGGGAGGUUACAGGGGAGUUUGGCAGGGGGAUAAGAAACACUCUUACCUCAGAAUUUGUUGACGGAACACAAAAAGGGCUGUCAAUCACGUUAUCUCGAAAUGGGACACUCAAUAUUUUCAUUGCCUUGGAUGUCUCUGAGAGUAUCGAUGAUGACAGUUUCCAAAGUGCCAAAGAUGCGAUUAAAACACUUAUUAAGAAGAUUGAAGUCUUCUCUGUGUACCCAAACUAUGAGGUUAUUUUCUUCUCCUCCAAGAUUCACACUGCCAUUAACAUUCUUGAUUUCUAUGGGUCUAACAACCCACCGCCAAUGAAAACAUUAUUAGAGAAGGUUGAAACAUAUAAGAUAGAAGAAACUGACAGGUUUGGAACCAAUCUCAAUGCGGUUUUUGAAAGAAUUUUGGAAAAAAUGGCUGCUAUCAAGAUACGGGACUCAAGAUUUAGUGAACAUAAGCAUGUGAUCAUUUUGUUCACAGAUGGUGGUUAUAAUACCGGAGGUGCUCCAACCAAAACAGUUGAAUAUAUUAAGUCACUGGUUUAUAUGGACCAACUAAAGAACAGACUUGGACACCUUGACAUUUAUGUUUUUGGCAUCGGUGCUCAGAUUCAGGAUGACAUCUUGAAGCCUCUUGCCAUUGGAGAAGGCAAAUCACAUUAUUACAAGCUCAAGAAAGUGACUGACUUACAGAAGACCUUUGAUGAGAUCAUUGAUGAGUCAGAUGUUAGGGGCUUGUGUGGGCUGUACCAAGACUAUGGUGAGAUGGUUGAAGAUGAAAAUAGAAAAAAGUAUCCCUGGUUCAUUUCUCUCACAGUAAUGAAUGACGGAAGACCAUCCCAUUGCCUUGGCUCUUUGGUUUCUCCUCGUUUCAUUUUAACAGCAGCCCAUUGCUUCAAAGAUAAAAGCAGCAAUGUAACAGUGGAGGGGACAGGUGGCCCUAAAUUAGAGGUUCAAGCUAUCCACAUACAUCCAAAUUUCAACAUUUCUGCUAAAGUGAACCAAGGUGUGAAAGAGUUUUAUGACUAUGAUGUGGCUCUCAUUGAACUUGUGGAAGAUGCUCCAAUCACCAUUUCACUGAGACCGAUAUGUAUUCCUUGCACAGUUGAGACUAAUACAGCCUUAAGGCAGAAUUUAACCUGCAAAGAGCAAGAGAACUUUCUUCUAAAAAACCAAGCAGAAGUAACCUUUUUGACGAAGAAAAAUUUUGGCAAAAAGGUGGCCCACCUGAAGCUCGAUGCAGAUAGACAUAACUGCAUCAUGCAAGCAAAGAACCAUCCCAACAUCACAGAGGCUCAUGUGCCAGUGGUUGCGACAGAAAACUUUCUCUGCACUGGAGGUCGACAUCCAUAUUUAGAUCAAGUAGCAUGCAAAGGUGACUCCGGAGGUGCUGUGUUUAAAAAUUACGAAAGUCGAACAUUUCAGGUGGCGCUGGUGAGUUGGGGAAGCAAACAAAUGCGGAACUGCAAAAAUAAUCGACCUGUUCAUUCUGAUGAUGAAUCCAGAGACUUUCACAUUAAUCUUUUUAAAGUUGUGCCUUUUCUCAAAUCUAUCCUUGGGAAUACAGAAAAAUAUUUUGUGCCACUCUUAUUUGUAGACUAGCUAAGUAAAAUGUUUCAUAUUUUGAAUGACUAUAUGCAUCUAUAAAAUGGAUUUAAACAAAAAUAUUUUCAGUAGCCUGUGUCGGUUUCUGUUCUGUUAUCAGAAGAACAGGCGCAGAGGCUCGGGGAUCGUUCUGUAGAUUUUGAUUUUACAGUCGGGUUAAAGGCAGCGUACAGCAGAAUCAGAUGCAAAGUCCAUGUAACAUCAAAUGUAGAGUCUGACAAUUUGGGAUUACAUCAGUGUUUUUAAUCAUCUCAGGGUGGGUGUCACUCGUUCUGUAUCAAAGAAGCUAUUGUGAAGAAGUGCGAAAUGUGGCCUUGGCCAAAAUGUAACAUUAUGUCUGAGAGUAAGAAAUGACACCGUCUCGUGGGAAACAGAACAUACUGUAAUAUAUUUGUAUAUUGUUCACACCUGUCCAUAUAACCAUUCAUGGUCCAGUUUAGUUUUUUUCAACAAAAAAGGUGAGAGUGACUGAAAAACCGUUGGCUAAUGCUAGCUAGCUUGUGACUGUAAUAAUAUUUGUGAGAGACUUGUUUAACAGUCCAUGUGAGCUCACCUGUUGUAGUUCCAAUUAAACCAUCUUUUUCUAGUCAGAUUGUGUUUAAAUUAAACUCAGAUUAAAGUCUUAACAGGUCUCAGAUAGAGCAGUGCCUACAGUUAGCAUCACACAACCAGGGAAUGUUGAUGACAUCAUCUCCAAAGUAUCAAUUUACAAUGAAAAUGGCCAGUUAUUAAAUAAAUGGUUUUCUAUGUUUGAGUCCAAAACUG